AUGCUCCCUUCCCACUCCUACGUCAACAUCUCCUUCUUCCAGCCACAUGCCUUCCUGAUGAUUGGCAUCCCAGGGCUGGAGGCUGUUCAUGGAUGGAUCUCCAUCCCCUUCUCUUCCAUGUACACUGUGGCCCUCACUGGAAACUGCUUGAUUCUCUUGGCUGUGAGGAGAACUCCCAGCUUGCACCAGCCCAUGUACUACUUCCUGUCCAUGCUGGCCCUCACUGAUGUGGGCCUCACUCUGUCCACACUGCCCACCACCCUGGCUGUGCUCUGGUUUGAUUAUCGGCACAUAGGCUUCAAUGCCUGCCUGGUCCAAAUGUUCUUCCUCCACUCCUUCUCUGUGGUGGAGUCAUCAGUGCUCCUGGCCAUGUCAUUUGACCGCUUUGUGGCCAUCUCCAACCCUCUUCACUAUGCAGCUAUCCUCACCAACAAUGUCAUUAUUAGGAUUGGGCUGGCCAUUGUGGCCCGUGCUACCCUGUCUCUCUUCCCAGUGCCCUUCCUGCUUAAACGUCUGAACUUCUGCCCUGACAAGAUUCUCUUGUCCCACUCAUUCUGUUUCCAUCCUGAUGUGAUGAGAAGAGCCUGUGCUGACAUCACCAUAAACAUCCUCUAUGGGCUCUAUGUGGUACUGUCCACUGGUGGCAUAGAUUCUCUGUUCAUCAUCCUCUCCUAUGCUCUCAUCCUACACACAGUCCUGGGACUGGCGUCCCCCAGGGAGCGCAUCCGGGCCUUCAACACCUGUGUCUCUCAUAUCCUGGCUGUCUUUGUCUUCUUCAUCCCAGUCAUUACUAUGUCCAUGAUCCACCGUUUUGGGAGGCACCUACCCACUGUUGUACAUGCCCUGGUUGCCUAUGUGUACCUGGUGGUGCCCCCUGUGCUCAACCCCAUCAUCUACAGUAUGAAAUCCAAGCCCAUCAGGGAGGCCAUGAUUAGGAUGCUAAAGAGGUAA